ACGUUGAUGAACACAUUGGAACAUCCACUCCCUCCCUAUCCUACUCUCUCUCUCUCUCUCUCCCUCUCUGCUUCCUUUUAUCACAUUCUCUCUCAUUUUAAUGGCCUCUGCUUCCAUUUCUGAUUCUCCUCUCUGCAACAAGAAGAAGAGGACAAAUGGGUCGGCGAAACUGAAGCAAAUCAAGCUUGACGUUCGGCGUGAACAAUGGCUUUCUCGAGUCAAAAAAGGAUGUAAUGUUGACUCAAAUGAAAGGGCUGAUCAUUGUCCAUUGUCUAAGCAAAUUGGCAAUGAGGAGAAUAGAUCAUCAUCAUCAUCAUACAAGGAAAACGGGGGGAGAAGAGGGGAGGAUAUUGAAGGCUCUUGCAUCCAGGGUAAUGAGUCAGGAUCCUUCAUAAACAUCCCUGUUCAAAAUACUUUUGAUCAUGAUGAAUCGGGGAUUGGUCUCUCUAGGAGAAGUAGCGGCAGUAGCAGCAGCGCGAGUACUUGUUACUCAGUUAAUGUCAUCGAGGAAGAAGUAGAUGAUGGAUGCCUUGAUGACUGGGAGGCUGUUGCUGAUGCUUUAUAUGCAAAUGAUACUCAGCGCUCCAUGAUUUCAGAGUCUCCUCCAGUUCCAGAGGCUGCCAAGAAUCUUAGAGUGGAUUUCUCAAGAACGGAGUUCAAAUCAGCAGUUUCUGAAUCAAAUCUAAACUGUCGUGCUUGGAAACCUGAUGAUGCUUUUCGUCCUCAGUGUUUGCCCAACCUCGCAAAGCAACAUAGUUUUUCAUUAAAUUCAAACUGGCACAAUAACCACAAAACAGUACCUUGGGCAUGGCAAACAAUAAUUUCCCAACCUGCUCAAUGUCCCAUCUGUUAUGAGGAUUUGGACGUGACAGACUCGAGCUUUCUUCCUUGUUCAUGUGGAUUUCGUCUCUGCCUUUUUUGUCACAAAAAGAUCCUAGAGGCAGAUGCGCGAUGUCCUGGCUGCAGAAAACUAUAUGAUCAUGUAGAUGGGAAUGUUGGAUUCAACAUAGGAGCCAAAGCUUUCCACAUCACGCAAUCUUGCAGUAUGAGUACAGGAUGCUAGGUCUAAGAAGACAGAUUGUGUUUCCAGAAACAUCAUGUAAAUGAUUUCUUUCUUGUGUCACUUUAUUUAUAGUUCCCUUCCCCUUUUUCUUUUUUCAAUCUCUCUGAAUUAAAAAGAUCAAAUUCUGUUUAGUAUUGUGAAUAGGUAGAGGUUUAAACCAAGCAGAUAAACAAAUUAGAAGUCUGUUAAGCUUGAUUUGCAUUACCAUGGUUUUUUGUCAUAUGUUAAUGCAGGAAACUGAAUGCUGUUAUUGUGGAAAAAUAAAACAAUUUAACUUUGAAGACUGAAACUUUGAAUGACAGUGUUGUACAGAAUGCUGUUAUUACUUAUUAGUACAGUAUGGUCUAUUCUAGACCUCAUUCCUUCAU